AUGGCUGAAUUUUUCCGUGGAAGCUAUAACAAUCAUAUUCAGAAUUCCACUUUCAACGUCCACACGACAACGCACAAUCACCAUCCAACCGAAGAAUCGCAAGGAUUCAAGAUCCUCAAGAAGGCAGUGGCUCCCAAUGCCUUCCAUGACUCGGAUGACCGCUUCGAUCCUCCAAAAUGCCACGAAAACACCAGGGUAGCCAUCGUUAACAAGAUCAUACAGUGGGUCAAGGGUGAAACAGAGACUGAUUCCUUCGUACUCUGGAUGUCCGGGCCCGCAGGUGCGGGAAAAACGGCCAUUGCACGCAAAAUUGCAGAGAUCUGCGAAGCUCAUGGCCUCCUGCUCGCAAGCUUCCUUUUCUUCCGCCCAGAUUCAAGACGAAAUACCAUCAAACCUCUAGUUGCCAAUAUCGCCUACUGCGCUUCACGUGUGGUCCCCGGUGUGCGACCAGCCAUCGAAGCCAUCAUCGACACGGAUCCCCACAUUUUUUCCUCGAGCUUGGAGACCCAGCUUCGAAAGCUCGUCUUCGAACCAUUGCGUCUCCUUUAUGAACGCGGUCAAUUUCCCCCUCCCCUGAUUGUCAUCGAUGGCCUCGACGAAUGCCUCGAUCAAGAUUCGCAAGACAAUGUCAUACAAGUUCUCUCGUCUUCCAUGCCCAAGUACCAACUUCCGCUCAAGUUCCUGAUUGUCAGUCGUCCAGAAACACACAUCAAGUUCUCAAUCAAGGUCUCUGGACAAAAAACCCGAAUAUCGCAUCUAGAACUCAACGACGACUUUUGUCCGGACGAUGAUAUUCGCCUCUUUCUCACUGAAAAGUUUGAGGAAAUACGGACAUGCCACCCAUUGGCACCUCGGAAUUCCUCCGUAUGGCCUAGCGAGGAACAGAUGGACACCUUGGUUUGCAAGGCCUCCGGCCAGUUCAUAUAUGCCUCGCUCCUCGUACGCUUUGUCAAUUUCGCCCGGGAUUCUCCAACGCGAAGUUUAGACAUCGUUCUUGAACUUCGACCGCCGGUCCAUCGCGACCUUCCUUUCGCAGAGCUCGAUGCUCUAUAUGCAUUCAUCCUGUCAGGAGCAGGGCCUGGUAUCGAUCAAAUUUUGAAGAUACUCGGAGUGCAUAUCGCCCUCGGCGUAGACAGGGAUCGGUUGGGCAAAAAUAAUAUCAGAGAAAUCAGGGUGAUAGAGGCUGUCUUGGGGUUGGAACCAGGUGACGUGCGGGUCGCUCUCAUUGGUCUGAGCUCGCUUCUGGACGUCAGAUACUCAAGGCUCCUUCACGGCGAUUAUCAAAUCGUCUUCCACCAUUCGUCAUUGCAGGAUUUCCUUUUUAACAGGCUGCGGGCGAAGGACUACUACAUCGACAUUCAGCCAAUGCACCAAGCUGUCGCCCAAUGGCCUCUACGAACCUUUACACUGGAAAACCUAUCUCAACCAGCUCAACACAUUGCCGGCUGUAUUGAGCUUGCGGGACACCUGAAGCAGUUGUCACAUUCUCAGCUUAUCGAGCUCCGUCGUGACCUUGAAGACUUUUCAUUCGGUCCCUAUCUCGAGAACAGCAUAGAAAUCGUUGCACACAAGAUCCGUAUGAACCCGACGAGCAUAGGCGAAAUGGUCCAGGCCUGCGCAUGCAUGUUUUUCGAUGGCCUGCAGGAAUUGAAACAAGCUGAACUCCAUCAGCAUCAUUCGGAGCAGUACCUCAGCUUUGUGGUCUCUCAGAUCGACGGACGCCGUUGUCCAGAGGCGUUCCAUCUCAUGAGCGCUGUCUGUGUGGACCCCUCUGCGGUAUGGCGAAAUUUAUGCGGGCGGCUCUUCGCGUUCGACGCUUGGGACGUCAGCUGGGACGUCAGGAAUCACCAGUUCCUGCGUUACCCAGACUCGAAGUACAAGGAUAUGCGAGCUAAAGCUGGACCACUGGCAAAACUGUACGGAGCCGCCGCCGAAAUGAACUCGGAGGUUUCGUUGCCGUCUCGACUCUCGCGGAUUCUGGGCGGCGAAGUCCAAACGAAUACCCUGGCUUUGGAGACGACGCACACUGGUUGGUUCUGUCAGACGAAAAUACAAACCCACACGGGCUCAAUCACGAUGGCGGUGGAUAUGCUCAUUGCUCCCGACGAUUCGCCAACCACGCCAGACAUUGCUGAUGUUGGAGGAACGAACAAUGUACAUAUGGACUCUUGA